GAUCCACCUACCACCACUUCCUUUUCCUUUCCCCUUUGGUUUCUACGUGGUUUUCUUCGCCACUUACUCUUUGCGCUCAACAACAGGGUUACGUCAUGGCGCCUGAACACGGAAAAGCUAUUGGCAAUAUCGCCUACAACGUCUGGCUAGAUGCUUUCGACGAUGGUCUCUGGUCGGCUGAACCUCGUCCACAGAAAAUGCGCCUCGUUGCUUCCGAAUUCGUCGAACGCCAGUGGCUCAAGACCAGGAGUGAAAUCCUUAAAGAUUGGAAUCGGCGCCAUGAUAGCUGGCGCUUGCCCACCACUCAUGAGAAAGCCCUCGAGAACUGUGGUACCGACUACCAUUGUUUCUGGAUCGGAUGGUUCGUCCCGCGCCUUCACCGCCACUACGAAGACCGCUCUUCCAAACCCGGUCAGUGUGUCAACAGUUGCUCAGCCACAGUCCUCACCCAUUUCAAUGUCAACAAAGCCUUCAAGGUUGUCUAUAAGGCUGGUGGGACUAGCAAAAAUAAGCUAUUCGCUCUCUACUGUCCAGACACAAACGGCGUUUGCAAGGCUAUCUCUGUCCCAGGGGGCGUUUGUAACGUCUUGUUCUUCGAAGAAUGGAGGGAUGACACUUUGACAGCCCGCACAGCUCGGCAGAGGUCUUGGCUAAGGAAGGUUAUGAGCAGCUCCUUCGCAGAACCGUCGAGUCUUAUCCCGGAGGCCUCAUCUGAACUACAACUCAGCGAACGAGAGCGCCAAAUUUGCCAUGACGAGUCCUCCUUAAGCGAUGAUUUCAUCGUAAAAGACCAGUCAUCGUCUUGUGAUGAUUCGGAUGGAGAUGGCUCGGAAUACAUAUUCUCAGGGUCUGAAACGUCCGAGUCUGAAGACAACACUGAUACAACCCACACGAGUGCGAAUCUCAAGCCUUUCGACGAUGAGGCAGAAGAAGAAGUUGAAGAGGAGAAAACCGACCGCAAGCUUAUCGAUACCGGUCCAGUGCAGAGGGGCGCCCCUGCUCACAAUUCUUCCAUCGUAUCAACCAGGAACAGUGUAUUGGACAAUAGAUACCCUGCAAAGGCAUAUGUCACCAUAGUACCGGAAGAAGAAAUUGGGUGUAUACCAAACCUCUCACUUUCUCCCUGGGAGGCGCUUUCUUCGAGGGCGGCUGUCGCCGGUAGAGAUGAUCUUGAAGGACGACGCGAGACUUGCCGCAAAGGCCGAGCGACCCCGGCAUAUGCAAAGAUACCAGGCACGCAGACGAAGAAGCGCCAAAUUGGACAGCACGACAAACUUGAUUCGAGGCCCAAGCGUAGCCGACCUUCUCGGCAAACCUUGACGGCACUCGUCAUCGAUGACGAGGAUGAGGUCAAGGUUGAGAAGACACACGACAGCGAUGACGAGGUACAGUUCAUUAGAGAGGUAUCCCUCACCACAAAUCGAAAGACCCAACCAGUGGCACCAUCUACGGCACCCUCUGUGAUAGAGAGCGCCGCCUUCGUACUCGACUUCAUCGCUGCCAACAAGCUGGCCAAGGUGGCGCGUCUCCAUGACGCAAUAUCUCGCAGAGUCACGCUGAAGGCCUUCCGGAAGCACCUCGCGUUCACAUCGGAGGCAGAUUCUGAUGCGUUAGCCUAUAACAUCACCGAGAACGAGGACGAAGAAACGCGCAUCAUGCUCGCGGAGGCGCUUGCGGCGGAUCUUGAGGAGAAGAUGGCUGCAGUUGCCAAGCACCAUUCGGACGGCACACUGUGAAGUGAGUUUUCAUUUAGACUUGUUGUUUUUCCCUACUAAUGAAUUGCCAUCUGGCUUACCCCUGACUAGUCCCUUGAAUGGAUCUUCUUCGAUUGGGUGAACAUAAACCUCUGGAC